AUGGCCAACCCAAACGACCCGCCCCUGGACGAGAUCCAAUGGCGCGCCCCCGAUAUCGCGGCCUCGAUGCAGGGCAUCCACUCCAACAGCGUGCUCUUCUACUUUGCCGAGUCGCCCUUUUUCGACCGCCAGUCCAACAACGCCGUCAUCACGAACCAGGCCAUGUUCAACCCGGCCUUACUCAAGAACCUCGCCACGCGCGAGGCGUUCGAGAGCGAGCUCGACAAGAUGGCCGGCCUCGAGUUCAGGGUCCUGCACGCGCCCGCCGACAUGGUCAUGGGCACGGGCGUGUGGACGAUUGUGAAGCAGACGAGGCAGAAGAACCUCGACCGCGGGCGCAUGGAGACGAAGCCAUUGGCGUAUUACUUUGUCGUCGGCGAGAAUAUCUAUCAGGCGCCGACGCUGGGCGAUCUUCUCAGUUCGAGGAUUGAAUCAAUUGCCGAAUCAAUGAGAAAGGUUCUUCCCGCGACCGACAGCGUACGCAAGUGGACGCCCUCCCUAGGCCACGUCUACACCCAACCGACGCCCCCCUCAGCCCUCGCCCGCGCGAAAGAUGGAGCGGCAGCGGCAGCAGCAGACACACCCGCCGCCGAAGGCGCAACGAACGGCAGCAAGACCUCGGCGGGCGGCAAAACAGGCAGCAACAGCAAAAAGGACUCGACGGCCAACGCGUUGGACAGGCUGGCGGAGGAGUCCUUUGCGAUCCAUAUGCGCCACGGCGGCGACUACUUUGACGAGAAUCCGAUCACGGGCAGGCCCGGCGACUUCCACUUUGCAAGCACGGGGCGCAAGGACAAGAUUGCGCCGCCGCCUCCGCCAUCGUCGGCACAGCCCAAGCCGGUGAUUAAUACUAAGUUGGCGGAGGAGGCCAAGAAGGAGGGUAAGGAGGGCAAGAGUCCCAAGACGCCCAACGGACCGAAGCCGAAGAGAAAGAAGAGCAAGAUUGCGACGCCGGCUACGACGCCUGGCCCGUCUUCGUGA